CGGCAGCGCCAUCUGGUGCCGAGUCCCUCACUGCCCGCAGAGGGGGCGCGCGCUUUUCUUUCGGAACCUUCCAGAGAAAACGGGGCCCGGGUUUUCGUCUCUCCCGCCCUCGGGAAGGAGAGCCCGAAUCUCCGCCCUGCCGAGUUCCCGCGUUGGAGGGACACAGGGAGAAGACAACCAUCUGUGAACCAGGAAGAGGGCCCUCACCAAGAACCAAAUUUGCUGGUGCCUUGAUCUUGGACUUUCCAGCCUCCAGAACUGUAGUGAUGUCGCGAGAUUUGGAGUUCGCGGGAAAAGUUUGUGCGUCCGGAGCGGAGAGCGGGCUCGCGGCAAGUUCCAGUGUCGGACCCCGGGAACUCGGGCUGGCAUGAGCCUCUGGGUGGACAAGUACCGGCCCUGCGCCUUGGGACAGCUGGACUAUCACAAGGAGCAGGCGGCCCAGCUGCGCAACCUGGUGCAGUGUGGUGACUUUCCUCAUCUGUUAGUCUAUGGACCAUCAGGUGCUGGAAAAAAGACAAGAAUUAUGUGUAUUCUACGUGAACUUUAUGGUGUGGGAGUGGAAAAAUUGAGAAUUGAACAUCAGACCAUCACAACUCCAUCUAAAAAGAAAAUUGAAAUUAGCACUAUUGCAAGCAAUUACCACCUUGAAGUUAAUCCCAGUGAUGCUGGAAAUAGUGACCGGGUAGUAAUUCAGGAGAUGUUGAAAACAGUGGCACAAUCACAGCAACUUGAAACAAACUCUCAAAAAGAUUUUAAAGUCGUGUUAUUGACAGAAGUUGACAAACUUACUAAAGAUGCUCAGCAUGCCUUGCGCAGAACCAUGGAAAAGUAUAUGUCCACCUGCAGGUUGAUCUUGUGUUGCAAUUCUACAUCAAAAGUGAUACCACCUAUUCGUAGUAGGUGCCUUGCAGUUCGUGUGCCUGCUCCCAGCAUUGAAGAUAUUUGCCAUGUGUUAUCUACUGUGUGCAAGAAGGAAGGUCUAAAUCUUCCUUCACAACUGGCUCAUAGACUUGCAGAGAAGUCCUGCAGAAAUCUCAGAAAAGCCCUGCUUAUGUGUGAAGCCUGCAGAGUGCAACAAUAUCCUUUUACUGCAGAUCAAGAAAUCCCUGAAACAGAUUGGGAGGUGUAUCUGAGGGAGACUGCCAAUGCUAUUGUCAGUCAGCAGACUCCACAGAGGCUCCUUGAAGUUCGUGGGAGACUCUAUGAGCUUCUAACUCAUUGUAUUCCUCCUGAAAUAAUAAUGAAGGGCCUUCUCUCAGAACUUUUACAUAAUUGUGAUGGACAACUGAAAGGGGAAGUGGCCCAGAUGGCAGCUUACUAUGAACAUCGUCUACAGCUGGGUAGCAAAGCCAUUUAUCACUUGGAAGCAUUUGUGGCCAAAUUUAUGGCCCUUUAUAAGAAGUUCAUGGAGGACGGAUUGGAAGGCAUGAUAUUCUGACGUCUGUCAGUGAUUCUUCCUAAUAUUUCUCAGUAUCAGCAUGUACAUUAAAUUUAUAUUGGAAGACCUACAGGUAAAAUAAACUAACUUUACUUAAUUA